GCAGAAUCAGUUCGCCGUCUUGUUGGUUCUAAAUUCUAUAUUAAGAUGGACUUCUGCGGGCCAUUACUCGGACAUGCUGACAUUUUUCAAUGACAGGCUGGACAAACAGAACUACAACCCACAGAUCAGGCCACUGAUUGACCAAAGUCAUGUCCUCGAAGUGACCGUAUUGUUUGAGCUGGUGUCCAUAGUGGAGGUCAACGAGGUCACACAGAGUUUCAAUUGCAACGGCUUCCUGUUUUUUAAUUGGACUGAUGAGAUUCUUGCCUGGAAUAAAACAGAUAACGUUGACAACGGGAUUCACCCUCUGCCAGCAGAUAUUUGGAGGCCUCGAGUUAUACAGAUGAAUACACUUGAGAAAAGAGAUCUAUUUGAUGACGACAAAGCUCCCUUGUUUGUACUUAGAAAUGGCACAGUGAUCUGGGUACCUGGAAGCUUGUUUCCCACGUCUUGUCAACUGAAUAUGACGAAUUACCCUUUCGAUCAGCAGACGUGUCAUAUAAAGCUGGUCGCUAUGUCGCACGACGAAAGAGAACUCCAGUUUAGAGCGCUGUACCCCUAUGCCAGAAAUGAAACCUACACACUUAAUGGCGAAUGGGACUUGCUCAAAACGGAGGUCAGAACAGAGACAUUUGAUGCCAGCUAUGUGAAUCUAUCAUCCAUACAGGUCCUCUUUGUGAUGAAGCGAAGGCCAACGUUCUUCCUUCUCAACAUUCUGUUCCCAGUUGUCUUUCUUUCUUUCCUCAACAUUUUUGUUUUUGUCAUCCCGGCGGAGUCAGGGGAGAAAAUUAGUUACGGCAUAACAGUGUUACUUGCCAUUUCGGUGUACAUGAGCACUGUGAGUGGCAUGUUACCGAGAGCAUCAGAGACACUGCCCUAUGUCAUCAUCUAUCUCUUCAUCUUACUCAUCCUGUCCAUGAUCACAGUCAUCUGCAGCAUCAUCAUAGUACAACUGCACAACAUGGAAGAGAAAGAAGAUAUGCUACAAAGAGUGAAAGAGAAUUUCGGAGCUGCAUUUUCCAAGGUGAAUCUAUUACGCCGGGCAGUAACUGCAUUUUCUAACAAAGAGAAAUUGUCGGCCAAGAAUGAUUCCGGUGUUGAGGAUAUGUCAGCCCAUCACAGACCAAGUCAAAACAAGCCAAAAGGUCACGUCGCAGCAGAUGAAGAGCAGAAAGUAAUCCAGCUACCAAAAAUCAACCAGUACAAAGUAAUCGGAAGACAUAUUAAUAUAGUUUUGUUUCUGGUAUUUCUGGUUAUGUACGUUGCGCUAACACUUGGGUUUAUUCUAAGUAUUUCUUCAGACUAGAGUUGUAAAAUAUUUUAACUCCAUUAUUGACAUUACGUCCUUGAUUUUUGUCAGGGGGAGACGAUCCAAGUCAUCAACGAGUGUAAACCAAUGCAUUUUAAUUUUGAUUUUGACUUAACGAUUGACAGUACGCU